UUUGUUUUUUGGGUUAUGAUUUUGUUGAUUUCUUCAGUGCCUCGAGCGAUCCAUCCGCAUCCAGGCUGUGUCCGCAUCUUCCCGCAUCUCACAGCAGCAUCGCCGCAUCUUCCGAAGGCGUCCAGUAGCCACGGUUUUAGCCACGGGGGCCGCGGCAAAAUGGCUACGCAGCUCGGUAUCGGCAAGAGCGUCGCAGUUCUCGCCGUCGUCGUGGGCUGCUUCAGCGUACUCUGGCCGAAGAUUUUCUUCCCCAUGUUGCAGGCAGUCUUCUACGGAACGUCCCCCGACACAGACACCUUUGCAGCGGAAGCACUGAGAGCUGCUUCGAGAGAUCGGAACACGAAUCCUCGCAUCCGAGAAGACAUGGGACAGGCUCGCCCGAGUGACACUGCCAGGGAAAACAGAAGAGGCCGGCCGUUUCCCCCAGUGGCCAUGCGGACGCCACCGAGACCGAUGGCCAAGACGGGGGGUGCCAUGAACCUCGUGAUGCCACUCUAUACCAUCGGCAUCGUGGUUUUCUUCGUCUAUACCAUCCUCCAGCUGGCUUGUAAAAAGUCUCCGGCAGAAUCCAGGACACAGACCCGUGUGCUUCCGAUGGACUGCCCGUGCGAAGAAACCAUCCGACAGAAACUCGCAGCUCGGCAGUUGCUACGAGACUACGGGGGUCGUCAAGGCAAGGUCCCGGGCAGCCCAGCGGCGGAUGCGUCGUCCUUCCUGCGGCGCGGACAACGGGACCAACGCGACCUCGAGAUGGAGGAGCUGAGGCGGCGCCUGGCGAAUGCCGAGGCCUUGGUCCAAGAGCUCCUGCUCGGCAGGGAGGACCCCGCAGAGGUACCUGUGGCGCGCUCUCUCUCUCCCGCAGUGGGGCGCUCCAUCGGCAUUUUGGUCAAGGAGCUCACCCUGCAGAGCCAGCGGCAGGCCGGGCUGGAACGGCGGCAGGAGCGGUGCUGCGGGGCGGGCUCUCCCGCGCGUCGUGCCACGGGCAAGCCUAGAGUCCCUCCCUCCUUUGAGCACGGUGGAAGAAGCGACGGGUGCCCGAACAGCGCCGCCCCACCACGGAUCGGGAGUGUCGGAGGUCUGCUCCCAUUUCUGAAAAACGCCGCAAGAUGGCGCAGCACGACGGGAGCUGGAGGAACUGUCCCUAUUCACCCCCGUGUUCGAGGACAUGAGGUGCGCGAGGCCAGAGCGAAAUUUCGGCCCACUUUCUCGCCUUGUCACAACACCUCUCUGUUAAUUCCACUGUGCCGCAGAGUUCCCUCAAGGGUUCCUGGAGUUCCCAAAUUUGUUUGGUCAUUCCUGUCCUUGAGGAAAGCGUCGAUGGAUAACUGGCAUAAAAUACCGAGCAAGCGCCCGGACGAAAGUCUGUGUUGGACUUCAUUUUGUGACGGGCUCUUAUAACAGGCUUAGACCCAAGAUGAAAGGGAGUCUAACUCAGUGGGCAUGCGACAUGUCCUCCUUUUUUCCGCACUUUCCCCUCCCACUCGUAACUUGACGGCAGGAGCUCGUCUACUGGCUUUUCGCUAAGGUGUCUACGUUAGUCCCUUUCCAAAACCCAAUCGAGCAACAUUGAUGCUCGUCAUUCCUUGGGCAUGCAGUGCGCGAUUGGAUCCGAGUCCUCGCCAUACGCCGACUGGGCACUCGUUUUCGAUACGAGCAGAGUUCACGCCAAACACGGACGCAGCCCUUGUGUCAAAUGUAUUUUUAAGGUAUGUGCUCGGACAGCGAUGUACUCGGAUAAUCGACGCAGCAGCUAAUAGAUGGCGCACACUUCUGAAACUGGUCUAUCAGCGAAUAUGAGACUAUCCCCUGGAACGUCUCCCGUCGUCGGGAAUGAAAAACAGAAGGGGGGCGGGGGUGUGUUGGUCCCGGAGAAAGCGAAGUAUUUGUACGACGAUUUGAGUCUUCCUUCUAGGUUGCCGAACGCGCGGAUCAGUGUUUGCGGCAGCGGAAGGUCCGCGGCGAUCCGCGACCCACGUGUUCCUGCGGAGCGCCGCUCAAGGGAACAACCGUGGAGGAUCUGGAGUCGGACUGCGACGACGGCGGCUGGGGCCGGGACUCUGAAGACUACGACACGGAACCUGCCCUUGGCUCGAACGAGGAGGAGACUUGUACGCGAGCCUCUUGUUGAGUCCGCUCGACGAAACCUUUUGAGAGUGGAUUACGGCAUCUAGUCAGCGGCCACUGUGGCAAUCUUGCGGUUGAUGGGUGGGUUACCGUAUCCAAUGUACGAGUCACUUUUUUUUUUUUUCAUUAUUAAGUACAACUCAUAUAUUAACUUUAUAAAAAGCGGCCGUUUAUAGGUGGGAGCGACUUAUACAAUGGUACGACUUAUAGACCAGAUAAUACGGUAUCUGGCGUCAAAGCAUUGGAUGUACUGUUGGAAUUGCUAACUCGUCACACAGUAGGUGUAACGAAGCGUGCAACGUUACGUUGCCGCAUUCGCGGCCGAAAAAGCGCAAUCCUUCAGCGAGAGCUCACGAGACUAUUAGAAACACAUUUUUCUUCGAGUAUGUCUUGUACAAUGUGAUAGGGUGUGUCGAGAUGAGACAGUUUGUAGCCGCACGUUUUGUUUACACCAAUGAAUUGUAAUAAUGUGUGCCCAUGUAUUUACCGAACGACAGUUUUGGAGUUCUUUUUGCUAGCUCAAAACAGGACUUUGAUGAGGCUGUGGGGGCUGCCAUAAUCACCGACCGGAUUCGGAUAGUUUUGUGGUCGGUCUUAGGGCUCCGAGGCUCCAACCUUCUCAAACUAGGCUUCGAACCCGAUGGGGCAGGUCACCAAGAUUAUGCAAGCGUCUACGGCGUGAAAUCUUUCCCACGCCUGCUUUACGAUCUCUAGUCGCGGAUCUUUGUGCCGCUUUGUUGAUCCGAAACAAUGCGGCGGUCUUUAUGUAUUUUGCAUGUGAAAGUACAUUUUUUACCGGCUGUAGAAUGGGACAGUCACUUUGGCUAUCCAGUUGUCUACAGUCCCAUUCCAAAGUCAUUCCAAAAAACUGGUGGCGCAACUGAAGCCGGCAUAUUUCAUCGACCAGAAUUUUGUUUC